AUGGACACUCCAGUUUCCCGAAAUCGACCGCCCACAAAACGAAGGCGUACAAGCACCGAGAAGAACGAUGUCACCAACUUUAAGCCAGUAUUCGUUAACUUGCCCUUUGAGCUCGUUGCCAUGAUCCUGGUGUUCACUCAGUCCACCAAAGAUGUCCUUGCUGUGGCGCGCACGUGCAAGUUCCUCUGCAACACACUAUUACGCCCAGAAAAUGUUUCUGUAUGGCGCAAAGCUCGAGAAACUAGUCACCCUGCCCCUCUCCCUGAUCCGAUGAGAGCUGGACUGUCCGAACCCGCUUUUGCAGCCAUGCUGUUUGAUAUGGGUCCCUGCGCUAACUGCGCUCGAGUUACACACAACAUGUUUUCAUCCUUCUCGCUUCGCAUCCGAUUCUGCAGCCGCCCUGAAUGCCUUCAGAAGUGGAGCUCGUCGAACGUUUCUCUCGUAGAGAAUGUGGCCACCCUUAACCAGCACCAACGACAUGCACUGGAAUGGCUUCCGCUUGCCGAGUCAACUGCAUGCUUUCAUUUUCCAUCUCGAAUCUGGGGUCUCAAUACUCAGGUUCAAGCGCAGCAACCAUGGCCUGCGGGAAACAAAGUUUAUCUUACAGCUCAUAUGACUGCUACCCUGUCCGAAUUUGCCCAUUAUACAGCAGACAAGGUCCGACAGCGCCACGCUCUGGAGAAGGGCCGUCACGAGGGGAGGAUGAAAUUCUUUGUCGAGGUGUAUCUCUGGAAAGGUCAAAGAAUGAAGCUGGCAAAAGAGGUCCAGAAAGCAAACGAAGCACUUGGACAGACACUCGCGACAGAAAACGGCUACGACUACAAUAAUCUUAUCCACGGUUCCAUAACCUAUAAUUCUUUCCGCUUACAUAAGACCAAUACACUGCAGAGGAUAGUUCGACAAGACUUCACCAAUAUGGCCGACAUUGUCGAAGCAGAACUGCUGGCUUACAAUGAUCGACAGGAACGCCGAGCAAAGGAAGCCGCAAUCAUCUCACAACGCGCACAGGUAGAGCAGCGCUACAGCAAACUCCUCACCGAAUCACGAUCUCAAGUACCCCCAACCCCAAUUCCGGCGUUACCGGAAUUCCGAACAAUGCCGAUCCUCCAACUUCUUCAUUCGGAUACAUCGUCCGCGGCCGCACGUAAAACUAGACCCUCACGCAAAACCUUAAUCGCGUCCCGCAAACUCAAAGACACAGAAAGCAUAGUUAGCAAAAUGCUCGAUUCGGAGUUGGACAGAUGGAGGGCUGCAGCAGAGCAGGAUCUUGGCGCGACUUUGGGUUUCCCCGUUGAGUGGAAGACCGCCAAAUCAAAUACAUUGCAUCCCGUCCAGCGUUUAACUGCCCGUUGGUCAUGCACGCGAUGCGGAAAGGUUGCUCGGCCAUAUACGUGGGAUGAAUGUAUGGAUUUUAUUGGUGUUUGCCGACAUGAAUGUCGUGGCUCGCGGGAGCCCAAGCGUCAACCGAGGAAAGAGUCCCUCUGGAAGGCCAGCAACUUUGUCAAGGACGACCAGGCUAUCAAUGCGAUAACAAAGGUCCUGAAACUCUGCGAUAUCGAUCCCGCGAAUAAGGACUCCUUGGGAAAGUGGGAUGCUAUUGGCGCACGGAUAGCUUGUCUCUCCUGUCCGACGGCCAUCGUAAUGCGACCCUCGAACUUAGUCGGACACUCGCAUAGACACCAGGUGAUGGAUUUAGAGGUCCUGGAAGCAAAGACGGCAGAUGCAAUACUUGUGAAACCUCUCGAACAAGGGCUUGCACGAUAUCUUCUCGGUGGGACAGAUGAUAACAAGGUUAAGAAAGCGAAAGCGACUUGGAUAUUUGGCUGUCGACAUUGCGAGCAGGAAAGGAGGCCAGUGUCGAGCGCUGGCUUGCAAUCUUCUACGGUAGAAUCAGAGGAAGACGCUGAGGUCAAUGAGGUCGAAGAGAUUGUUCGAGGCCCUAGAUUCACCAAGAAGCAUCCCAAGCGACUGGGUCUAAACGCUCUCUGGUGUCAUUUGAAGGAAAAACAUAAAGUGCAGUUUCCCAGCGAUGAGGACAUGUACCAUGUUGUAGACUAA